AGCAAAUAAAACCCCCUAACUAGGUUUUACGAAACCAGAUCGCCUUUUUAUUUCACUCCCCCCCCUUCGCCGCCGCGCUCUCUAUCUCUCAUCCCUACACCUCCUCCGAUGGCACCUAAGAAGGAUAAGGCUCCUCCGCCGUCAUCCAAGCCGGCGAAGUCCGGUGGAGGCAAGCAGAAGAAGAAGAAGUGGAGCAAGGGAAAGCAAAAGGAGAAGGUGAAUAACAUGGUGCUUUUUGAUAAGGCAACCUACGACAAGUUGCUGUCGGAGGCACCUAAGUACAAGCUCAUCACUCCUUCUGUUCUCUCUGAUCGUCUCAGGAUAAGUGGAUCACUUGCAAGGAAGGCAAUUAGGGAAUUGAUGGCCAGAGGCUUGAUCAGAAUGGUUUCAGCUCAUGCAAGCCAGCAGAUAUACACCAGGGCUACUAAUACUUAAGUGUUGUACUUCACGGUGUUGAGGAUCUUCAAAUGGGUUUUUGUCAAUUUAGAUCUUGGUUUCUUGUAGCUCAAUGUUUCUCUGAAAGACAUUAAUUAAGCUUGAGGUGUUUGAUUUACUAUUUUUUGUUCUCAGAGCAUCUGAGCAAUGUUGAGUUUAUUUAAGCUGAUGUUUUCUCA